AUGGAGGAGUACGUAGUAUGGCGUCCGGAGACGACCUUCCACGUUCCAUGGGAUCGAAUCGGGUACCUGGAGAGUGACCCAUUGUAUCGAAUCUUGAAUUUUGCCGUCAACCGGAACCUGACAUGCGAUAUGCGACAUGCGACAGGUCAAGGUCGAGGUACACUUGGCGCCGCAAGUGGCGGGGAUGCAGUCGGCGGGAUGUGA